AUGCACAUGUCUUCUUUUGGACAUGGAAUGAACGCUUACCACAUCUGUUACACAAGGUGUGGGACUUGUUAUGACGUUUACCUAAACUUGGAGUACCCUCUAAUAUUGAGUUAG